AUGCUCGCUCAGGCAAGCUCAUAUGUUGGUGCUUUUGUGGUUUAUUUGCUUAUUCGGACUAUUUAUCGACUUUAUUUCCAUGCCCUCAGUAAAAUCCCCGGACCAAAGCUAGCAGCAGCUACUAACGGAUAUGAAUUUUAUUUUAACGUAAUCAAAAGAGGGAAAUUCAUCUGGGAGAUUGAACGACUACAUGAAAUUUACGGGCCGAUCAUUCGCAUAACACCGAAAGAAAUCCACAUCAAAGACUCGAAUUACUACGAAGAGAUAUAUGCUUCAAGUUCUCGCAGGAGAGAAAAAGAUGGACCAUAUUUCAGCCAGUUUGAUAUGGAGGGAUCGGGCUUUGUUACUGUCUCUGCCGAGUUACAUCGCGAACGCCGUGCACCUCUCAACAAACUGUUUUCAAAGUCAGCUACUACGGAUAUGUUGCCAAUUCUUUAUGAUAAUUUGGAUAAGCUCUGCAGUCAUAUUGAAAGCGCCCAUGAGUCUGAUAGGGUUAUCAAACUAGACGCCGGAUUUGCGGGCUUGACGUCCGACACCAUUUAUGGAUAUUUUCUUGGAUAUCGCAGCGGAAAUCUAGACAGUCCAGACUUCAAUGAGCAUGUCAGAGAUGGAAUAAAUGCUUUGGCUCGGUUUUGUCAUGUCAACUUUUUCUUCCCGAUCAUACAGACGAUCGUGGGACUUUUCCCAUUGCCUGUGCUAAAAACGUUAAACCCCCAUAUGCAUGCACUUAUGGAACAAAAGGCCCACAUUCGCGCUCAGGUAGUAAAUGUCCUUUCUGGGAAACAGACCAAGGAUGGAUCUGCUUUGGAAAGUGUGCUUAAUGAGGGCCUUCCUGAGAAUUUGCGGGGCGUUGACCGUCUUGCAAAUGAGGGAAUGGCAAUCGUCUCCGCCGGUAUAGAAACCACCAGCAGAGCUCUUGCAGUUGGCUUUUAUCAGAUCAUCAGCAACAAAAAUAUUCAAGCCAAGCUACGGAAAGAGCUCAGACCUGUCAUACCGACACCGCAGUCUCGCCCUGCAUGGGAUCAACUGAGACAACUCCCUUAUUUGUCGAGUGUUAUACUUGAGACCUUGCGUCUUGCCACAGGCAUAGCCAUGCGAUCCCCUCGUGUUGCACCAACUGAGACCCUAAUUUACGGAGAUCAUAUUAUUCCACCGGGGACAUCCAUGAGCCAACACAACUAUUUCGUUCUGAUGGACCCUGAGAUAUUUUCAGAGCCUCAUGUAUUUGACCCCGAAAGAUGGUUGCGUGCCGCUGCGAAAGGCGAGCAUUUAGAGCGCUACUUGGUCAGCUUCUCCAAGGGGAGUCGAAACUGUCUUGGAAUGAAUCUAGCUUAUGCUGAGCUAUACCUCACGAUUGCGACUCUUAUCCGUCAAUUCGAUUUUACUUUACAUGACACGACUUGGAAGGAUAUUGCAUUUGCUCGUGAUUUUGCAGUGCCGUAUCCCGAAGAAGGAAAUACUAGCUUGCAAGUUCGAGUAGGAAACCUGAUCCCAGAGUGA